AUGUUCAAUGCUUUGGCAAGGGUGGCAAAGGCUACCUGGGGUCUCAGUUGUGAGGCCAUUGAGAUUAUUUACAAGGGAGCAUUCCUUUCAAGACUGACAUAUGGGCCAGCGGCCUGGCAUAAGGCAGCAGAAGGCUGUGCAAUCAGAAGGAAAUUGAGCACAGCACAGAGGUGCGCAUUACUAAGAUUAACUAAGGCAUAUAGAACUACAUCAACUGAGGCUUUACAGAUCAUCGCUGGAACUCUACCACUAGAUUUAAUUCUAAAUGAAAGGGCCACUCUCUACCACUGUAGAAGAGGAAAAAACAUAGUAGUUGGUAAUAAAGAAUAUUCAAAGAAUGAAUAUAAACAAAGACCUAAAUUGGAUGAACUGCCUAAACCCUACAACCGCAAGGUAAUACAACUAGUGGAACAGAAUGAAGAAUGGCCAUUGAAGAUCUACACUGACGGAUCAAAGGUAAAUAUGAAGAUGGAAGCCGCUUUUCUGGCUAUAAGAGACAAUAAGAUCGUAGAAGAAAAGAAAUUCCAACUGGGAGACGCCUGCUCAGUUUUCCAAGCAGAGUUAAUAGCCAUUGAGAGGGCAGUUCAAUGGUUAGCUGAACUUAACAUUACUGCACCCACUAUAGUAUACUCUGAUAUUAGAGCGGCACUGUGCACGUUAGAACAGUUCAAUGAUACUAACUACACGACAGUGAACAUUAAAAGACUAACAGAGCAGUUUAAUCUAAAGACCCAAUUUGCCUGGGUAAAGGCCCAUGCGGGCAAUCCUGGUAAUGAGAGGGUGGACCGCCUUGUGAAAGAGACCACCCUCCUCACGGAAAUGACUUACAAAAAAAUUCCAAUUACAAGUAUAAAAAAUGAAAUUAGAAAAGUGACAUAUCAUGAAUGGCAAGAUCUAUGGACUAAAUCCACGAAAGGUAGAAACACCUUUUGGCUCCUGCCAUGUGAGGAGGAGAGGAUGACUGAGCUUAGAUGGCACCCAUUCGACCACAUCCUUAGUCAACUUUACACCGGACAUUGA